AUGUCUGAAAUGUUUUGCAGAGGUGAAUCUGGUGCCGGGAAGACUGAAAACACUAAGAAGGUUAUUCAAUACCUUGCUCAUGUUGCUUCCUCCCAUAAAGGAAGAAAGGACCAUAAUAUUCCUGGGGAACUGGAGCGUCAGCUUCUUCAGGCGAAUCCCAUUCUGGAAUCCUUUGGGAAUGCAAAGACAGUGAAAAAUGACAACUCCUCCCGCUUUGGCAAAUUCAUUAGGAUUAACUUUGAUGUUACUGGUUAUAUUGUUGGGGCCAACAUUGAGACAUACUUGUUGGAGAAGUCUCGUGCUGUUCGUCAGGCUAAAGAUGAGCGGACGUUUCAUAUCUUCUAUCAACUACUUGCUGGGGCAGGAGAACACCUGAAGUCUGACUUGCUGCUUGAAGGAUUUAACAAUUACAGAUUUUUAUCUAAUGGCUACAUCCCCAUUCCUGGGCAACAAGACAAGGAUAACUUUCAGGAGACUAUGGAGGCCAUGCAUAUCAUGGGAUUUUCGCAUGACGAGAUCUUAUCAAUGCUGAAAGUGGUGUCUUCAGUGCUGCAAUUUGGAAAUAUUUCUUUUAAGAAGGAGAGAAAUACUGAUCAAGCUUCUAUGCCGGAGAACACUGUCGCACAGAAACUCUGCCAUCUACUGGGAAUGAACGUGAUGGAGUUCACCCGCGCCAUCCUGACGCCGCGCAUCAAAGUUGGCAGAGACUAUGUUCAGAAAGCCCAGACCAAAGAACAAGCAGACUUUGCAGUGGAAGCUUUGGCAAAGGCCACCUAUGAACGCCUCUUCCGCUGGCUUGUUCACCGCAUUAAUAAAGCUUUGGACAGGACCAAACGACAGGGAGCGUCUUUUAUUGGAAUUCUGGAUAUUGCUGGAUUUGAAAUCUUUGAGUUGAACUCCUUUGAGCAACUCUGCAUUAACUACACCAAUGAGAAGCUUCAACAGUUAUUUAACCACACGAUGUUUAUCCUGGAGCAAGAGGAGUACCAGCGAGAGGGUAUAGAGUGGAAUUUCAUUGACUUUGGACUGGAUCUGCAGCCUUGCAUUGACUUAAUUGAGAGACCUGCGAAUCCUCCCGGUGUGUUAGCGUUACUGGAUGAAGAAUGCUGGUUCCCUAAAGCUACUGACAAGACGUUUGUGGAAAAAUUGGUCCAAGAGCAAGGAACCCACUCCAAGUUCCAAAAACCAAGACAGCUAAAGGACAAAGCAGAUUUCUGUAUUAUUCACUAUGCAGGGAAGGUAGACUACAAGGCAGAUGAGUGGUUGAUGAAGAACAUGGACCCCCUGAAUGACAAUGUGGCUACCCUCUUGCACCAGUCUUCUGACAAAUUUGUUGCAGAGCUUUGGAAAGAUGUGGAUCGCAUUGUGGGUCUGGAUCAGGUCACUGGAAUCACAGAGACAGCUUUCGGCUCUGCGUACAAGACCAAGAAGGGCAUGUUUCGUACCGUUGGCCAACUGUACAAAGAAUCUCUCACCAAGCUGAUGGCAACGCUCCGAAACACUAACCCCAAUUUUGUUCGCUGCAUCAUUCCAAAUCAUGAAAAGAGG